CAUGCGGACCACAUGACUCAUGACUUUUUCAAGUGCUCUCAACAAACCGAGGAUUGUCUGCGGUGCAGGAAUGAGUCACAUUUACCCGUGCUGCCUAUCCCAGACUUUUUGUUUGACCACGUUAUCUACUUGUCAUUCCACCUCCCACACCCUAACAACAGAGGGCAGGUAGACAAGGGCAGCACAGUUCCCAUGCAGGGUCACUAGCGAUACGAGCCAGACGGAGGAAGGAGUUUUUUUUACUAAGACCAAGAACUCUUUUUUCCCCCCUGUUGUCGUUUGCUGUCAUACUUGUGACAACAUGUGCACUGGAAGGUGUUCAAGUUGCAUUGCUGUGACUUUGUACCCGUUGGCACUCAUAUCCAUAAUUUGUAAUAUUGUGUUGUUCUUUCCUGAUGCCAACACCAAGUAUGCCAAAGACGGACAUAUUACUGAGGAGGUGAAGUACAUGGGAGGACUCGUCGGCGGCGGAGUCAUGGUGUUGCUGCCUGCACUUUACAUCCACUUGACAGGAAAACAAGGAUGCUGUGGGAAUCGCUGUGGGAUGUUCUUAUCGAUUGCAUUCGCUGCAGUGGGCGUGGCCGGGGCCUUGUACAAUUUGAGCGUGGCCGCGCUCGGUUUGAAGAAUGGUCCCCUUUGUAAAGUCCUCCUGAUAUGGAGCACGCCUUUCAAAGACAGUGACUACCUGACUGAGGACACUUGGUGGGUGAAGUGCACCGAGCCCAGGAACAUUGUGCAGUUCAACACUGGACUCUUCGGCACCCUGCUGGCGUGCGGCUGUCUGCAGCUGGUCCUGUGUGCCAUCCAGAUGAUCAACGGCCUCUUUGGCUGCCUGUGUGGAACCUGCAGCAAAAAAACAAUUAUCUAGAAGACUCUGUUCUGACAGGUUGGAAUCUUGUCAGCUGACAUGUUAUUACUAUUCCAGAUGUCAGUGUCUUUUUGUUUGCAGCUUCCAUACGCCCUCUGCUGGCCCACUUGACUACUUCACUAAUUUCACCAGAUGUCCUACUAACAUAGGUAUAAUUCACAUUAUGCUAUCAAUUGUUCAUUGUUCUGCAUUAGAAUGCACGUGAUAGCAGUUGUAUUAAAACAAGCACAAGGCAAUGCUUCUACAGAGAAAUGUUUAUUAAUUUUCUAACUACAAUACCAAGGUUGUUAUAUAUAAUGUACACAACUACUUCCAGCUGUUGGCAUUUUUGUUAAUAAAACAUCUAUAUUAAAAAGGAA